AACCAUGGGUGAGAGACAUUUAAAUGAUUGCGAAUUAUUUGUGAUCUGCGACAUAGACUACGACACGUCCAACUACAAAUAGUUUAUUCUUAGCUUAAACUAUCUGAUUCUACUUAAGAGACAGUAGCCAAACUCAUGUCUCAAUUAUUCUUACCGAGUCAGGAAGAAGAAGAACCAGUAGAUAAUAAUAAUAAUCAUAAUAAUAAUAAUAAUAAUAAUAAUAAUAAUAAUAAUAAUAAUAAUAAUAAUAAUAAUAAUGAAAUUUCAUCUCAUAAUAAAAGCCAUACAUUCAAAGCUUCCACUAGUCAAAUAUCUCAUAUAGCAGAUAUACUUUCAUGUUUAACAGCCAUUAAUUCUCAAGGUUUACUCAUAAUAUCUCAAAAUGGUAUAACCAUAUAUACUGAAUAUAAUCAUGUAUCAAAUGUUCAAUUAAAUAUCGAUCCUACAUUAUUUUCUCAAUUUAAUUUUAUAUAUAAUGAAAAUGCCAUUGAUGAAUUAGGUGAAGAUUUACGUUUAGGAGUUGAUAUAGCUUUAAUUAGUGAUGCAUUUAAUUCUGUAUCUUCUUCUAUAGUUAAUUCCAAUUCCAAAUUAAAGGCAUCUAAUUCAAAUUCCAAUCAUUAUAAUAAUUCAGUAACUAUUAAUUCUAAUUCUAAUUCAAAUUUAAAUUCUUCUACUACUGAUAAUGUCACUUGUUAUAUAACAUAUAAUGGUCAUGGUGAACCAUUAAUUAUUGAAUUUGAAGAUAAUCUUAUGAGUGAAAAAAUUGAAUUUUUAACAUUUCUUAUUGAUAUGAAUUAUCCUUAUGAUUUUGAACCUGAUAGUGAAACUAAUGAUAAUACUGAUUAUUUACUUAUAAAUCAUAAUGAAUUACAAUUUGAAUUAAUGUUAAAAAGUGAUGUAUUUUCCAAUUUACUUCAAGAUUUAAAUCAAAUUAAUACAACAGAUUUAUAUAUACAUGUAUCUAAUGAAAUAAGAUCACUUGGAAAUAAUAAACAAAAACAAAAUAAUCGAAAGAAGAUUAAAUUUAUUGAUAAUCAAUUGAAUUUUAUUUCAAAUGGUCCAAUAGGUCAUCUGAAAUUAAUCUUUCCUAAUGAAAGAACUAUUCUUGAACAACUUAAAAUAUAUUCCACAUCACCAUCUACAUCUUCAUCUACUCCUCAUGCACAAAUCCAUUCAUCUAUAAUAUCAUGUUAUAAUUUCUCAACAUUUAUAAAGAUUAUUAAAGCCAGUAAACUCUCUUCCAAAUGUAAGAUUUCCAAAGAUAUUAAUGGGAUACUAUCAAUUCAAUUCUUAUGUAAAAAUCCUCAAUUGGUUAAUUAUACAGGUACUUUAAUUACUUUUAAUAUGUUAGAAUCAAUGAGUUUAAUUAAUGAUGAGAAUUCUAAUGAUGAUGAUGGAAAUUCAGUUAACAUAAUUAAUAAUAUCUUUGAUGAUGAGAGUUAUGAUUAUAUAAAGAGAUAUAAUGGGAAUAAAGAAGUUGUAAGUGCUGCUUCUGAUUAUCAAAUGAUAGCAGAAGAAGAAGAACAAGAAGAUGAAAAAGACGAAGAAGAAGAUGAACAACAAUAUCAAAAUGAUGAUGAUUCAAAUCGCCCUACAAGACCAACACUUUCAUACGCAUCAUUCCGAAACGUUUCUGCAUUAAACAACUCAGCUACGGCUAAUGCUCAAAAUGGUACAAUACAAGUUAACGAUACUAUUCAUGAAUCAGUAGAGCCUCGACCUCCUCCGAAGAAAUCUAGUCGUAAAAAGUCCAAGAAUAAUAAGAAUAAUAAGAAUAAUGAAGAGAAAGAUGAAGAAAUCAAAACUGUUGGUGGAGCAGUUGAAAUACCAUUAUUUUUAUAAUAUUAUAAUUAAAAUUAAAAUUUGAAUUGUAUUUAUGAUAUAUGAUAA